CAAGCGCAGUCGAACAAUGCGUCCUCAGCGCAGGAAAAGGAAAAUACUUCGUUUUGGUGUAUCUGUCGCUCGAAAGGUUGGGGGUUUUAGCUAAAACCCUUGAGACUAUCCAUCACUAUCACCAUCAUCAUCAUGGCUAUGAGAGCUCGGGCAGCUUUGUCGGCGGCGGCUCCACGCGGAUUGCUGCGGCUGUUCUCAACAAGCUCCUUUUCGUCCUUCAUUCCUCCGCAGACCAAAGAGACGCCUUCUGCUCGAGAAACGGCACCGCCCAACUGCCAGCUAUUUGUCUCUGGGCUUAACAAAAGAACUACUACAGAGAAACUAAAAGAAUCCUUUUCCCAGUUUGGUGAAGUGGUUCAUGCUAAAGUGGUGACUGAUAGGGUGUCAGGAUAUUCCAAGGGGUUUGGUUUUGUCAGAUAUGCUACCAUAGAAGAUGCUGCAAAAGCUAUACAGGGAAUGGAUGGAAAGUUUUUGGAUGGCUGGGUUAUAUUUGCCGAAUAUUCAAGACCCAAGCAGUUGCCUUCUGGCAACGCAGGCCCUGGAUAUGGGAGCAAUGGAGGCCCGGUAUAUAGGAGCAACACGAGUGCAUAUGGGAACAAUGUGGGUCCUUCAUAUGGGAAUACCAACAGUGGUCCUGAAUAUGGGAAUGCAGCGGUUCCGACAUAUGCUGGCAACAUGGGUCCUGCACACGGUAGCAACAUGGGUCCUGCAUAUGGGCAUUCCACAGGUCCUGCAUAUGGGAGUAACACAACUUCUGUAUAUGGGAAUACAACUGGUCCCGCAAACUGGGGCAAUGCAAAUUCUGUACGUGGGAAUGCUACAACUCCUGCAUAUGAGAGCGACAAGAGCCCUGUGUAUGGGAGCAACACUGAUCCUGCAUAUGGUAAUACCGUUAGUCCAGCAUACGGUAGUGAUACAGCUCAUCCAUAUGGUGAUGACAGGAGUGUUUCAUAUGGCCGUCAAUGACUCGUUCUGAAGCUAACAAGCUUGGCAUCUUACAGAUAUUUCUAGUCAGCAAGGGGCUUGAAUUCUUGAAUAUUAUUUUGGUUUUUUUCUCAUAGCUUGAGACUUAAAAAAGUAUUGGAGCCUCGUAGUUUGCUGAUUGAACUCUGAAAUAGGUGAGAAUGUCUUAUGUUGUCGUAUGCGACGCACUUUUGGCUAUUCAGAAAUGUCUUAUAAAGCACGCCCAUAAUGAACUGAGGUAAAUUAGUCUUACAAUUGUACCAUUGAAAAGCUUUUCUUGCGUGUCAUUUGGACCAUUUGGACAUCAAUUGUAUCUGAUAUUCGAAAUCUAAUUUAUUUAUAGAUUAUAUGCAUUAAACUUUUGAAGUAAUAAUAUCAGCUGGGCAGUAAACUUCCAGGCCUUUGGUGUC